GGUCUUGCUCUGUUGCCCAGGCUAGAGUGCAGUGGCAUGAUCAUAGCUUACUGUAACCUUGAACUCCUGGGCUCAAGCAAUCCUCCUACAUCAGCCUUCAGGGUAGCUAGGACUACAGGGUAUAGGCCACUAAUCCCUGCUAUUUUUUAUUUCUUGUGUAGAGAUGGGGUCUCCAGUCUGCUCUGUUGCCCAGGCUGGUUUAGAACUCCUGGCCUCAAGGGAUCCUCCACUUUGGCCUCCCAAAGCCUUGGGAUUACAGGCAUGUGCCACUGCAUCUGGCCUAAACAGAUACUUAUUGAGUACCUACUACACUGAAUAAACAAACAAUUUGAAUUACUUCUAAUUCCAGUCAGCCUGGGAAACAUAGGGAGACCUCCCCUCUAUAAAAAUUCAGAAUUAGCUGGGUGUGGUGCUGUGCAUCUGUAGUCCUAGUUAUUCUGGAGGCUGAGAUGGGAAGAUAGUUUGAUUCCAAGAGUUUGAGGUUGCAGUGAUCACCCCACUGCACUCCGGGCUGGACAUCAGAGUGAGAUCCUGUCUCUAAAAAAACUUUUUUUAAAGUGAAUUAUUUCUAAUUCUUACAACAUUUAUGUGUAGAAGCAUUAUUACUAGCUCCCUUUUACAAAUGAUUUAAUUGAAUCAUGAAUAGCAUCACAUGCAGCAAGUGUGAUUCACACCCAAUUCUGACUCUAUAGCCUGCGCUCUUUAAUUCUGAGAUUACAGCAAAACCAAACUGUGGCUCCAGCCUGUCUCCAUUUACUCUCUUCUUACUCUUACUUUAUCCUACACUCUAAAUCUCGUUCACUUUGAAGGGCAAACUCAACUACAGAAACUCUUUUAAUACAGUUCUUGGAAAGUUUUAAAGUUGUAGAGAUUAGUUUGUCAGCAAAUUCUGAAAUAAUCUGAGCUUUCUUGAUCGAGCAAGAGACAGUCACUUAGAAUUGCGUGUUGUUUAUGGAGUUAGUGAUGAAGUUGCCAUUCUUGAGCACCCACUAUGUGCCAGGCAGAGGAUAAAUUAUAGUGAAGGAAACAGACAUGAUUCUCACUCUCAUGGAGUUGACAGUCAGACAUUAAACAAAUAUAUAAAAAUACAACUAUGUAAAGGUGUAGAAGACUGAGCCAAGUGAGGAAAACAUGAAAGACCUAAUUCAGAUUGGAGGUAGGGGAUCAGAGAAUUCUACCAAAAAACACACAAAAAGUGUUUUGUAUCCUAGGAUGCAAGGUGCUAAACCCUCCAAAAGACCCCACCAGGAUGCAGCCCCCGUGGCGAUAAGAUCUUGAUGCCCCAUUGUCAAGGGGUGGUGCGACUUUGUCCCACUCUGGGGUGGGGUGACCGCCGGCUUUAUCCUACAUUGUCGUGGCGUGAGGCGAGUUUUCAUCAUUCGAACUUUCUGAUGUUUUCCCCUAAUGUCUUCUUUCCCAGCGUCUUUCUGCCAGAUCUUCCGCUCUGCUGUGACAGCCUCCUGUCACAUCAGUACCGUUGGAGCUGGAUUGUUUUUUUCUCCUUGUACCCCGCGAGCCUAUAACUUCACGGAGGCGGCUCCUUGGAUGGCUUAUGGCCCCGCCAUUUCAUUCAGUCACACAGUCCAUUCCUGUCUGGCCGGCGGCAGGUGGGUUGGAGGUGCGCCAGCGGGCGAGCCAGAGCGCGCGGCGCUCCUCUCCCCUCAGCUGCCGCCGGAUCCGCGAGAGCGCUCGGCUCGCGUUCUGGGCCGUUUGCGCCUGGAGCGCGCCGCGGGCCCGCGCUCGCUCCCGCCUGUCUUCGCGUCCGCGGCGGCCCGGACAGCGCGCGCCGCCUCACGCUACUCCGCAGGCCGCCCGCGUCUGCCCUCGCGGCGCGCUCCCGGGCCCGGCCGCGGUUCCCCACUCGGGCCGGCUGGCUCGCGGGUUCUCUUGCCCCGCCCCCUUCGGCGCCGCCGCUGGGCGCUUGCGCGGGGCGCGUGGCCGUGGCCGGGGGUCUCCGCCGCAGCCCGAGCCGCCGCCGCCGCCUUAGUCAGUCAGUCAGUCCCCAGCAAUGGCGGACGGAGGUGAGCGAGAGGACCUGCUCUCGCCGUCACCGGUCUCUCCGGCCAAGCGGCUGUGUUCGUGGCCCAGCCCGCAGGCUCACCACCCUCGCGGUUCGCCUGGGGCAGCCGGCGGAGGGGCAGGGGGCGUCGGCAGCAGCUGCCUGGUCCUCGGGGCCCGCCCCCACCUGCAGCCGGAGUCCUUACUGGACUGCGCCGCCAAGACGGUGGCGGAAAAGUGGGCGUACGAACGGGUGGAGGAGCGCUUCGAGCGGAUCCCGGAGCCCGUGCAGCGCCGCAUCGUCUACUGGUCCUUCCCGCGGAAUGAGCGGGAGAUCUGCAUGUACUCCAGCUUCCAGUACCGGGGCGGUCCCGGCGCCGGCGCGGCUGGCGGCGCCGCAGCGGCUUCGCCGGCCGAGGAGGGGCCGCCGCCAACCCCCGGGACCGCCGCUCCGGCCGGCUCCGCCCCCGGGGGCGUCGCGGCUGGGGCAUCCCCCGGGCUGGGCGCAGGGGCCGGCGCGGCCGGCUGCGGUGGCGAGGGGCUCCCGUUCCGCCGGGGCAUCAGGCUGCUGGACAGCGGCUCCGUGGAGAACGUGCUGCAAGUCGGCUUUCAUCUGAGUGGCACAGUAACUGAGCUGGCCACUGCCUCUGAACCAGCAGUGACUUACAAAGUUGCAAUCAGUUUUGAUCGAUGCAAAAUCACCUCAGUGACAUGUGGCUGUGGGAACAAGGACAUAUUCUACUGUGCCCAUGUGGUAGCGCUCUCACUGUACAGGAUCCGUAAACCAGACCAAGUCAAAUUGCGUCUUCCUAUCUCCGAAACACUUUUCCAGAUGAAUAGGGACCAGCUACAAAAGUUUAUUCAAUAUUUAAUCACGGCACACCACACUGAAGUUCUUCCUACUGCACAGAAACUGGCAGAUGAGAUCCUAUCCUCCAGCUCAGAAAUCAACCAAGUGAACGGUGCCCCUGACCCCACAGCUGGGGCCAGCAUUGAAGAUGAGAACUGUUGGCAUUUGGAUGAAGAACAGGUGAAAGAACAAGUGAAGCUUUUUCUCUCCCAGGGCGGUUACUGUGGUUCUGGAAAGCAACUCAACUCAAUGUUUGCCAAGGUUCGAGAAAUGCUGCGGAUGAGAGAUUCCAAUGGAGCAAGGAUGCUGACACUAAUAACUGAGCAGUUUAUGGCUGACCCACGACUCACACUCUGGAGGCAGCAAGGAACAAACAUGACAGACAAGUGCAGGCAGCUCUGGGAUGAGCUAGGGGCUUUAUGGGUGUGCAUAAUUUUAAAUCCACACUGCAAACUGGAGGAGAAAUCCUGCUGGCUGCAGCAGCUGCAGAAGUGGAGUGACCUGGAUGUCUGUCCCCUGGAGGAUGGAAACUAUGGACAUGAGCUGCCCAACAUCACCAAUGCACUUCCCCAGAGUGCCAUUCACAGCCCAGACUCCUUAUCCAGACCAAGACGAACAGUAUUCACUAGAGCCAUUGAGGGCCGUGAAUUACAUUGGCAGGAUAGCCACCUACAGCGAAUAAUCAGCAGUGAUGUUUAUACAGCUCCUGCCUGCCAGCGGGAAAGUGAAAGACUACUCUUUAAUUCCCAAGGCCAGCCACUGUGGCUUGAGCAUGUGCCUACAGCCUGUGCUCGAGUUGACGCCCUACGUUCCCAUGGUUAUCCAAAAGAGGCCCUCAGACUCACAGUGGCCAUUAUUAAUACUCUGAGGUUGCAGCAGCAGCGGCAACUGGAAAUCUACAAGCAUCAGAAGAAAGAACUGUUGCAGAGAGGAAACACAACCAUCACAAACCUGGAGGGCUGGGUGGGCCACCCCCUGGAUCCCAUUGGCUGCCUGUUUCUCACUUUGACUGAGGCCUGCCGCCUGAAUGAUGAUGGCUAUCUGGAGAUGUCAGAUAUUAAUGAAAGCAGACCCCCUGUGUACCAGCAUGUACCUGUGGCUGCAGGCUCCCCAAACAGCAGUGAGUCCUACCUGUCAUUGGCCCUGGAAGUUGCACUGAUGGGCCUGGGUCAACAGAGGUUAAUGCCUGAAGGCCUGUAUGCACAGGACAAGGUAUGCCGUAAUGAGGAGCAGCUCCUGAGCCAACUCCAAGAGCUGCAGCUGGACGAUGAGCUAGUGCAAACACUGCAAAAACAAUGCAUCUUACUGCUGGAAGGAGGUCCUUUCAGCGGUCUGGGAGAAGUCAUCCACCGAGAGAGUGUUCCCAUGCAUACCUUUGCCAAGUAUUUGUUCUCAGCUCUGCUGCCUCAUGAUCCAGACCUGUCCUAUAAAUUAGCCUUACGUGCCAUGAGGUUACCUGUUUUAGAAAACUCAGCUUCUGCAGGCGACACAUCCCACCCUCACCAUAUGGUGUCUGUGGUGCCCAGCCGUUAUCCUCGCUGGUUCACGCUUGGACACUUGGAAUCACAGCAGUGUGAACUGGCCUCCACCAUGCUGACUGCUGCCAAAGGAGACACUUUGAGACUCCGAACAAUUCUGGAAGCAAUACAGAAGCACAUUCAUUCUUCCUGCCUCAUCUUCAAACUGGCCCAAGAUGCAUUCAAGAUUGCUACUCCCACUGACAGUAGUACUGACAGCACCCUGCUCAACGUUGCCCUGGAACUUGGGUUACAGGUGAUGCGGAUGACCUUAUCAACCCUUAAUUGGAGACGCAGGGAGAUGGUACGAUGGUUGGUAACCUGUGCUACAGAAGUGGGUGUGCGGGCCCUGGUGAGCAUCUUGCAGAGCUGGUACACACUCUUCACCCCUACUGAGGCUACUAGUAUUGUAGCUGCCACAGCCGUAUCCCACACCACUAUCCUGCGCCUCAGUCUUGACUAUCCACAGCGGGAGGAACUGGCUAGCUGUGCUCGCACACUGGCCCUGCAGUGUGCUAUGAAGGAUCCACAGAGCUGUGCCCUGUCAGCCCUUACACUCUGUGAGAAAGACCACAUCGCCUUUGAGGCAGCCUACCAGAUUGCCAUUGAUGCUGCUGCUGGUGGUAUGACCCAUUCACAGCUGUUCACCAUCGCCCGCUACAUGGAGCUCCGUGGCUACCCGCUACGUGCCUUCAAGCUGGCCUCAUUGGCCAUGAGCCAUCUUAACCUGGCCUACAACCAGGAUACUCACCCAGCCAUCAAUGAUGUGCUCUGGGCUUGUGCUCUCAGCCACUCUCUGGGCAAGAAUGAGCUGGCAGCUCUCAUCCCCCUAGUGGUGAAGAGUGUGCACUGUGCCACCGUGCUUUCAGACAUCUUACGACGCUGCACAGUGACUGCACCUGGCCUGGCCGGCAUCCCAGGCCGCCGCAGCUCUGGAAAGCUCAUGUCCACUGACAAAGCUCCAUUGCGCCAGUUGCUGGAUGCCACCAUCAAUGCCUAUAUCAACACUACACACUCACGCCUAACACACAUCAGCCCUCGCCACUAUGGAGAGUUCAUUGAGUUUCUAAGCAAGGCUCGGGAGACCUUCCUGCUGCCCCAGGAUGGCCACUUGCAGUUUGCCCAGUUCAUCGACAACCUCAAACAGAUCUACAAAGGCAAGAAAAAGUUGAUGCUGCUGGUGCGAGAGCGCUUUGGCUGAGAGAGCAGAUAGCUCACCGCCAGGGCAGCCUGGGUUCCCAGGUAGUAUCAGGUCAGGCCAAGGGCACUGAAACAUUUGUCCACCCUGAGAGAACUCUGAGCACCUGUGGCUGAGGCCAAAGGACCACAGGGCUAAGGAUGGGGAAAGUCCAACUCUAGUCGAUAUGCCUACCUUGGCAAGCUUCUGACUACAGCCUACUGUUCAUGGAGGAGCUGGGCCCUGCAGAUCGACCAGAAACCCCACAACAUGCCACCUCAUGCCCCUAUAUCCUGCGUGUCCUGAGCAUUGGCCCUGUCUCCCUUGGCAAACACAGAACACUGUUCCAUCUCAGGGAUUGCUUAACCAGAGAAACAGACACAUUUAUGGGACUGUAAAUACUAUAUGUGUUGCUAAUUAUUGUAAACUUGUGACUAUUUAUAAUUCUGCUUCUGAUUUGAUGGGCACUUGAAGUAGCUGUGGGUAGGAGGAUAUGCUUAUUUUCUGAGGAGACUCACAACCAUUUCUCAGGUUUCCCUUGCAGAGUGUUUGCUGGUAGCAGUGGAAGAGUGGGGGUGCCAAGGAGAAAAAUGGCCAGCUAGGAUCAACCCAAGUCUAGUCUAUGCAGAAUCCCCCACCUACAGACAGGGCAUUUAUAGCCCAGUGGUGAGUGAGGGACAGAGGCCAGGACUGGACUUAAGACUUUUGCCUCACAAAACUAUGAGGACAUUGAAGCUCCUGCCUCACACAGCCUCUUCAGGAGCCUGCUGAAUGCCUGAGAAACCAGUGCAGGGAGAAGAUGAAGGUCUGGGAAGCCGCUGAGUUCAUAAUAUUCAUCUGCUGUGGUCACCUUUGUGUUAGAAAGUGUGUGGUUUCAUCUAUAAUCGUAUGUGUGUAUCUUUAUGGCUAAGUACAUCUGUCUAUGUGCAUAGAUACAUCUGUGCAUGCCUGUCUGUAUGUGCACAUACAUAUUUAUGUGUAUGUGUCAGUUCUAUGGCUGUGUACCUGUGUGAAUAUGUGCACACUGGACUGUUUCUACGUGAGGAUAUACACAUUUUGUGUACAUGUGAGGAUGCACAUCUUUGUGCAAAUGCACUCAUGUUUGUGCAUGUUUAGUGUGUAUGUGUAUCUGGGUACACGAGUGCAUGUGUAUAAACGUUUGUAUCCAUGUGUAUGCUUGUUAUCCAUGCAUCCGUGUCUUUAUAUGUGUAACUGAGCGUAUUUCUACAUGUAGGGAUGUCUGUGUAUUCAUGUUUGAGGAUCUGCAUCAAUGUGUCCUUUCUUUUUGCCAGAUUUCUCUUUCCCAUUCCUCUUAAAUCUCUCUCGCCAGCUAAACGUUUGUUCCCCAUCUCUGUGCCUCCUCUAUUCAUUCUCUCACCAAACAAUCUAAGCACCAAUCUCCCUCUGCCAUCAGAUUGGCUGCUUUAGCUCCACAGUUCUCUUCUCAGCCCAUACUUGCUUUCUUCCCCUGCCUUUCUACCUCAAGCUUCCUCGCCUGCUUUUGUCACAGUCUCAUUGCUCGCUGACUUGGAGGCUAGGGCUGGUCUGCACUUAGCCUCUCCCUUCCUAAUUUCUAGUCCUAGUGGGCAGCCCUGUCUUAGCCCUGGCUGACCUCCACAGUGUAUCAUGUUCCUGCUACCUUCGUGACCCCUGUACUUGGCCUGGAAUUGUUAUAGGAGGUAGCAAGGGCAUUCAGAAGAGUCAGCUGGAACCAGUGUCUUGGUGUUUACUGUUUCAUGUCUUAGUUCCUGAGUUGGGGGUGGGGUUUGAUAGGGAAGGGGUGGUAUAGCUAGAAUGUGAACUAAGAACUUCUCCAUCUGCUUUACUUUUUCUUCCUUUGACAAACUGUCACCUUUUUUACUCCAAACUGACCAAGAAGUUGUAUUUGCCAUUUGUGGCUACUCAAGUCUUACUGUCCAGCCAAGGGCCCCUACGUCUCAGCCCAAUGGGUUGGUUAAAAAAAGAGAGAAGCCACUCUCAUUUCUGUAUCACAGUUGCCCUUUUUUAGCAAGUGUGUGAAUUCACAGUGCUUUUCUAUGAAUAAAUCAUGGAUCACAUAAAAGAUCAUUUUUCUAAAAGCAGAAA